AUGACGUUCAUAUUCAAGAAUGGCCGUAUUUUUGUUCCUUCGUCAGAUUCCUCGGGCGGAGGUGAGUUUGCGGAGGGAAUGAUCAUAAAGAAUGAUCUUAUCUCUCAUGUGGGCUCUCUGGACGAGUCCCAAAUUUCAGAGGAUGUCACAACCAUUGAUCUCGAAGGUCGAACUUUGAUCCCAGGCUUCAUUGAUGGCCACGUACACAUUUUACACUAUGGGCAGUCUCUGCAGAAAGUCAAUCUUAUCGAGUGCAAAAAUCUCGAAGAAAUUCGAGAAACAAUCAAAGCAUAUGCUCAGGCCAAUCGUUCGGCUCCUCGAAUCUUCUGUCGGCAGUGGAUUCAGUCAUCUACUAAUGGCGUUGCUCUGGCUAGUAUGCUUGAUGAUCUGGAUCCGCGACCUAUUUUCAUCGACUCCUUCGAUCUCCACUCCAUGUGGUGCAAUUCAGCUGCUCUGGAUGAAAUGAAGGCCCACACAGCCCCGGACCUUCCCGGUGGCACAAUUCACCGCGAUGAGAAUGGCAAAGCCUCGGGACUAUUGGAUGAAUCUGCCUUGAUGAACCUCGCGUGGCCAUAUGUCGACAGCACUUUCUCUAAAGAAGAUAAACUUGCUGCUUUGGACACGGCUGUUACCGCCUACACUGCCGCUGGUUAUACGGGAGUUGUUGACAUGGCCAUGGAUGAGGGAACAUGGGAAAUCCUCAAUGAAUACCGCCAAACUAAAUCUUUCCCGUUCCAUAUCGCCGCCCACUGGCUCGUGCCGUAUGCAGAUGACCAGCAGGCCAAUCUUCGCUAUGUGGAUCGAGCAAUUGAACUUAGAAAGCAAUACAAGGAGCCUGAUUUCUGUAUUGCAGGAAUCAAACUCAUUUGUGACGGCGUUGUUGAUGGUUGUACAGCUGCUCUUCUGCAGCCAUAUACAGGCAAAUCGGACCCAGUAGAUCCAAUAUGGCCCGAGGAUAAGCUGCGAGAAGCUGUUCAAUAUGCCGAUGCCGCGGGAAUGCAGUGUGCCAUCCAUGCCAUCGGUGAUCGUGCUAUAAACCAGGCUAUUAACGUUCUGUCUCAAGUUGGCACGCCAGGUCGCCGGCACAGGAUCGAGCAUCUUGAGCUGUCCACCUCUGAAGAUGCGAAGCGCUUAGGUCAACUCGGCAUCACUGCUUCGAUCCAGCCUGUCCAUUCUGAUCCAGCUCUCUUCAAGGCGUGGCCAGGUCUGGUUGGCCCCCAUCGAUGCAAGCGCGCUUUUGCAUACAAGGAGUUCUUGGAUGGCGGCGCCCCUAUUGCUAUUGGAACAGAUGCUCCAACUGCGCGUCACUUCCCAUUCCCAAACCUCUACAAUGCUACCACUAGGCGGUCGGCUCUCGAGCCCGAGACCACAGAUACCGUCAACCCUCAUUUUGGGCUGACUCUAACCCAGGCAGCUACUGCGGCUACUACUGGAGCCGCCUAUGCUCGAUUCGCUGAUUCAUGGACUGGAAGCUUGAAGCCAGGCUUGAGUGCGGACUUCUUGGUAGUAGACAUGCAGUGGACACCAGAAAAGCUUUUGGAGGCAAAAGUGUGCCAGACAUGGUAUCGGGGUAAGAAGGUGUAUGACUCGGGAAUCUAA